ACAUGUGGUGCGCAUUCAACCGAGGGUCGCACACUGACACAAGUACACUCUCUGCCUGUAAUCUUCGCCUCCGCACAACACACAUACGUGGGUUGGUAAGCCCUUCCAAUUUCCCAAUCCUUUCCUUUCUCAAUUUUUGCAUAUAUGAAUUCCCACUAUUCCAAUUACCAGGAGUUGACUGUGUUUGCUGCUUGCGUUCCCAUUUCACUGUAAAUCUCAAUCCUCACUGCCAUUUUUCACCUUAGUUUCCAGUAAUCAGCGAGAAAAGGUGUAAAUUUACCUGUUUAAAUUUGUGGGUUUUCGUUCUUUUACCGUAUAAUGGCGAUUUCGAUGCUUUACGGAGCUCAGAAUCUCAAACUUGUCAAUGGAAUAAUAGCAGUAACACCAAGUGGGUUAGGUUCUGGUGGGAAAAAUUACCCUUAUGGGGGUUUUUCCCAGAAGGGUUUAGUGAGCUAUGGCGGUAGGAGUCAAAAGACCAGAACUUUAGUGGGACCCAUAUGCAGUGUAUCAUCCUCAAGGCCUGCUUCCCAGCCUAGGUUCAUACAGCACAAGCAGGAGGCUUUCUGGUUCUAUAGGUUUUUGUCUAUAGUGUAUGAUCAUGUUAUAAACCCUGGGCAUUGGACUGAGGAUAUGCGGGAUGAUGCGCUCGAGCCCGCUGAACUUUACGAUAGGAAUAUGGUGGUGGUGGAUGUUGGAGGUGGAACUGGGUUUACGACUCUUGGCAUUGUUAAGCAUGUGGAUGCCAAGAAUGUGACCAUUCUUGACCAAUCGCCGCACCAACUUGCCAAGGCUAAGGAGAAGGAGCCCUUGAAAGAAUGCAAGAUAGUUGAAGGGGAUGCCGAGGAUCUGCCGUUCCCAACUGAUUACGCGGAUCGAUAUGUCUCUGCUGGGAGUAUUGAGUACUGGCCAGACCCACAGCGUGGAAUCAAGGAAGCAUAUAGGGUACUAAAAAUAGGAGGAAGGGCUUGCCUUAUAGGCCCUGUGCACCCAACCUUUUGGCUGUCUCGUUUCUUUGCAGACGUGUGGAUGCUCUUCCCAAAGGAGGAAGAGUACAUUGAGUGGUUCAAAAAUGCUGGUUUCAAAGAUGUUCAACUGAAAAGAAUUGGUCCAAAAUGGUACCGUGGUGUCCGCCGCCAUGGCUUGAUCAUGGGUUGCUCUGUGACAGGUGUUAAGCCCGUCUCUGGGGACUCCCCUCUCCAGCUUGGUCCAAAGGUGGAGGAUGUCAGGAAGCCUGUGAAUCCAUUGGUGUUUCUUUUUCGGCUCAUUCUCGGUGCAACUGCAGGAGCUUACUAUGUGCUGGUUCCAAUUUACAUGUGGAUUAAAGAUCAAAUUGUUCCGAAGGGCCAGCCUAUCUGAAACAGGAGUUACAAAAUGUGAGGGAUUAUCAGCAAUUCCUACGGUUUGAUCCCUUGUUUUCCCUUUUUUCGGUGAAGCUAGCCAGUUAAGAUAAUCUGUUUCAUUUGACAAACGCACGUCUGUGAAUUUGUGCUGCGGAGGACGCACCUUUACCGCAUAAGUUUUUUGGAAUUGUGUUGAACAAGUGACUUAGUUGAUCCGUAAUUUCGUGUUGCUUUUAUGUCAUAACAUUUCGUUUUAAAAUGUUGGAAGGUGUCAAUGCUUUUAGCCGGAA